GUCCUAUUUGUCGCCUGACGCCAAGGGUCAGGGGUGUGCACGGGCAAUAAAUUGAAACGCUUGCUUUAAACAUAAUUGUAAUAAAUAUUUGCAUUUCACGUCUUUAUCCUAAGCUUUUUUUUUUUAUGGUCCUUUUACAUUUAAAAAAUUUCUCGCGCUAUUAACUAAAGCUAGCCAAUAUACAAGAACACCCAAGAUGCUUGACACAGUGAGUGGGGCAGAAGCUCCGCCUUUCGCGCUCCAACUGAAGGCUCUUCUAGAACAGGAGUUCCGGUGUCAACCUAAACUGUGCGGCUUGCGUGUCCUGGAGUCGGCCCAUGACAACGGCGUGAGGAUGACUGUGAAGAUGAGGGACUUCGAGGUGAAAGAUCUACUCUCUCUGACUCGCUUCUUCGGGUUCAGCGCAGAGACGUUCUCCCUCGCCGUGAGCCUCCUGGACCGCUUUCUGUCUUUGAUGAAGAUCCAGCCCAAACAUCUGUCCUGUGUUGGCCUUUGCUGCUUCUACAUUGCUGUGAAGACCUCUGAGGAGGAGAAGAAUGUUCCUCUGGCUAGCGAUCUGAUCCGAAUCAGCCAGAACCGCUUCACUGUUUCGGACAUGAUGAGGAUGGAGAAGAUUGUCCUGGAAAAGCUCUACUGGAAGGUUAAAGCUCCUACGGCACUGCAUUUCCUCCGACUGUUUCACAGCCACAUCCAGGAGAAAGUGGAUGCUGACGGUAAAAAGAUUCUGAACAUUGAGAGGCUUGAGGCUCAGCUGAAGGCCUGUCACUGCUCCUUCGCCUUCACAAAGCUAAGGCCUUCAUUGGUUGCGCUCGCUCUGCUGGCGCUCGAGGUCGAGGAGCAGCACGAGUCCGAGUCAGUAGGCGCUCUGAGAGACGCAGUGAAGGAUCUUCUGCACCAACUGACCAUUAAAGAUGGGGAUUUGGUGUGUGUGAGAGAGCUCAUCUCCAAGUGCCUGAUUGAAUAUUCUGCCACCAAGUGUUGGAAGCCCAACAGCCAGAGACUGCGCUGGAUCAUUUCAGGACGAACUGCACGACAGCUGAAGCACAGCUACUACAAGAUCGCGCAUCUACCCACAAUCCCAGAAUCCGCCUCUUAAAAUUCUUUUUUUUUUGUGUUCUGUUCCUUUCUUAAUCUCUAAUGGAAUGUAGUGAGGUUUUUCUUUCUUUUUUUUCCUCUUAGACAUUGGUUUCUGUCCAGAACUUCUGUAUUGAGUGAAGCUCUGUAAGGAAACCAACUCUUGUUGCUUGCUUUUUUUUUUUUUUUGUUUAAAUAUCAGCAUGCAAAUAUUUGGUUUGACUUCGGAAGUAGUCGAGUGUUUAGCCGUCAGCCAGAGAGGGUCACACCUCUGCGGUUUGAUCGGCUCGAGCGUGUACGCAGCACGCUCGUUUGAAUCGGCGCCUGAUUGGCGCUGGUUGUUUAAAGCAGUUGAAAGUAUUGAACCGCCUAGGUCCUCAGUCCACCGUGUGGAAGAGGAGGGAGAAGGGUUUUGUGAUUAAUGCGAACAUCAGAGGAACCAAGAAAUCGGCCCAAAGCCCUUCACUCCCACCCUAGGUCGUUACUGUCCUCUAGCACACUCCUUGCCCAAGGUGAUUAUAUGAAGUUCCUUUUCUUUUGUUAACCACUCGUCUGUUUUGUUCAGGAGCGGUUCUCUAACGUGACGCGUCACUCGACGUUAACACGACUGACCUUUAAACUGUUUUUUUUUUUUUUUUUUUUUGUAGGUCAGGGUUUAAAAUGAAACCUUUACACACAGGGUCUAAUUUGGUUAAAUUGAUUAGGACAAAGUCAUUCAUUUCAGUUCUGCACGUAAAAGAGAAGACUUUCUUGUAGGUACAAAGACAAGAGUUGAUUUGAGUAAAUGUGAUUUGAACCCUGAAAGUUUACCUUUCAAUAAAACGCUUAUUGAAAUGCUGA